CGAGUCCGCUCAUCUGGUACCGACUUUCCACGCCCAGAGAUCCUGCUUACCCCAGCGCGUCAGGUGGUGCAUCCCAGUUGCUUUCGGAACUUAAAGAGACAGCAUGUCAGGGAAGGAGCCUCUGCUGGGGACCCUGAAAGCUUGCGUCCUGAGUCUGCAUGGAGCCGGCUCCCAGCCAAUCACUGACGACAGUCCCCAUGUGACCCCUCUGUGUGACAUCUUGGAAAUGAUACUGCGCAAAGGACUGAAGAGUGGAGUUCUAGGCUUAAAGAAAAGGGAUUACUGGGACUGGAUAGAGGAGUUGCCUCAGCAUGAUUCCUGUGGAAGACUCUCACAUCUGUCUGUCAUGAUAGAGAAGACAGGGGCUUGUCCCAAAUUGUUGACCGCGCAAGGCCGAGGACGAUACUUUCUGCGUUUAGCUCUUAACAGGAAAUAUUUAGCAGCAUCGGUCCAACACCUCUUGCACACCCAAAGACUGCUGGAGUGGUAUGAUCCGCUUAUUUCUGUUCUGGGAAACGAGGAAUAUUUAGAGCCAUUCGUAUCUCUGCUGCUGGUAGUAUCACAGAGUCAUUUUGCCUUGGAUCUCCAGAACUCAAGUUUCCUAGACGAAAGCUGGUUGUUGCCGGUGUGUUCAUCGUAUCAGACUGUCCCAUGCCGGGAGCUUGGAAUGGUGCUCAGGUAUCUAGAAGGCAGAGUGUUUGUGGUUGAGGUGCUGCCGGGCAGCCAAGCAGAAGUGGACGAGGUAGUGUUGUGCGGAGACAUCUUAGAUGAAAUUAACGGAGUGUCUCUGAGAUACGCAUACAAUGGGCAGGCCGGCACAGUGCUAAACAGACUAAAGGGGGAGCCACUUUACUUUGGACUGAUCCGGUGGCGUUGGAAGGAUGGACAGCUCUACCGUCCACUCAUUUCUUACAUAAAGGGCGUCCAGGAAAAAGUGCCUACCUUUCAGCUUCAGCAACAUCCUAAGAACCAAGAGAGUGGGCAUGACAGGCCACAGCAGGAUGGCAGGCUCAUGUACACCCUUCAGUACUUGGGGAAAGCCGCAGUCGGGAAAUUUGGUGGAAAAGAAGUCCUAGAUGUAGGAAUCACUCAGGUUCGACAGUUAAACUGCUCCCCAAAGGAAGUGUUGUUUGAUGUGAAAGAGACCGAAGUAAGAAUACAGGACAAAGAGUCCCUCAAGGUUAUCUUCCGUUAUCCAUAUCCAGAAAUAUCUAGUGUGGGGCGCAGGCUGGAUAACAAAAAAGUCUUUGCUCUAUGUACAUCUGACAAGGACUGUAUGUCUACCACCACUUCAUUCACAUGUUUGGCAUUUCAAGCAGCCAGCAAUGAGGAAUGCGAAGAGAUCAUACGGCGCAUUGCUGCAGGCUUUAAGCACACAGAAUGGUUUGUGUGAAGAAGUUCCCAGCCAGGAAGGAAUAGCAUACCUGCCAUUAUCGCACUUAAAACUACAGAAUCUUAUGAUCUUCCAUUCUAAUGAAAGGCUUGCACAACAAGGCUUGGAUCUGUGUGUAAAUAAAUAGCGUAUUUUUUUUUUUAUACAAACA